AUGAAUCAUGCAAGGAAAGGUGCAGAAGUUUCAAAAGAUCAACCUGAAACGCGUCAAGAAUCUUUAACUAUUCUUGCAGAACAUGAUAAUCAAACUAAUUUAAGUUCAAAAAAAAGAAAAUUGGAUAAUGAAAAUGUUCAAAGUAAAAUAACAGAUUUUCAUGAAAGCACAAAAGCCUACUGA